AUGCAACGUUUGUCAGCACCUUGUUCAAAACUCGCAUACACAAGAUACGUAGCAAACCCAACCCUACGUAACCCAAACCCAUGUGAUAUUUUCAUCAAUCAUCGGGGGAUUGAUACUAAGAAGACUAUUUCAGGUCUAUUAUAUGAUCGAUUCACUAGGUUAGGUUUGAAUUCUUUUUUGGAUAGUAAGAACUUAAAGCCUGGGGAUAAACUUUUCGUGGAGAUCAAUGCAGCAAUCAAAGAAUGCAGUGCUGGUAUUGCGGUUUUCUCUCCUCGUUACUGUGACUCUUACUUCUGUCUCCAUGAACUCACCAUGCUCAUGGAGAGCAAGAAGAGAGUUAUCCCAAUCUUUUGCGACGUCAAGCCAUCGGAAUUAUGCGUUAAGGACGACAGGACACGUCCAGCUGCCGAGAUUCGGAGGUUCCGGUUGGCUCUCGAGGAAGCAAAAUACACCGUAGGACUCACGUUUGAUACGUCUAAUGGAGACUGGUCAGAGUUCUUGGCCAAGGCAUCGGAUGCAGUCACGAUGAAUUUGUUAGACGUUGAAGAGGGGAGACUACGGAGUAUCAACCCUACGUACAAGCACAUAUCUGCGUAG